GUUUCCAACAUGAAGCUAUAAUCUCUAUUUCCGGGUGCAUGUCGCUCAAGUUAUUUCUGUGUAUACGGUAUGAUGAUCUGAAAACCUUAUAUAUUAAGUUCUGUCUCUCUAAGUACUAGAGAGGCACAGUUGUGUAACAACAGUAGUUUUAUAUAAUAGGCUUGCUCACUUUAAUACGGUUGUACCGACUCAGAGCUCAGGCAUAGUUGCGGCCACAUUGGUCAACUUUGGCGCCUUGGCUUUUUUCCACAACAGUCCGGGAUGAGGCUGCCUCCAUGACUCUCAGGUAACGUUGGAGAAAAUAUCACUAAGUCUAAUACAAACGAAGGGCGAGGAUGGCCCCAGAGGGCCAGGCCGUGGUGCAUUCUACUCAAGCCUGGCUGCAGUCCUCCUGGCACAUAAAGGUGCCGUUUGCCUGGCUGGAAGCCUGUGUUGAGUGGCUGCAGGAAGAAGGAGGAGGAGCAGGUCAUCUAUCGCAGCAACAAAUCAACCAACAGGUGCUGGACCAGUGGUUGUUGACAGACCUCAGGGACCUAAGCUACCCUGUUCUACCUGAAGGACUCGCUCAGGCCCAGAAGACUGAACUCAACGGGACCUUCUGUGUCCAGGUUGACUCAUUACUGGACAUCAGUCAGCCUGCGUACAGUCAGAUGCAGAAAUGGAGGGGCUCAGAUUGUGCCAACGAUGAGGUGUCAGCUGUCACACAGUUCACCCAGAGGCCCUGGGAAGCCCGACCAUCCCGGAUGCUACUGCUGCAGGUGACAGAUGGAGUCCAGAGCUUGGAGGCCAUGGAGUAUCGGCCUGUGCCCGCACUCAGCACCGCUCUAAGACCUGGAGUGAAGCUGCAGUUGCAAGGGCAGAUGGUCUGCAGGCUCGGGAUGCUUCUCUUGGGGCCGCCCAACAUCAAGGUUCUGGGUGGGGAAGUGGAGGAUCUGGUGGAGAGGAAUAACCAGGGGAAGGUGCUGUGUCGGACACUGGGACUCCCCGAGGAGCAGCAAGAGACGGGAGAGGCGCAACGCGCAGCACUACAAGGAAACCAGGAAGUGGAGGACCUGGGGAUUGAUGAUGCAGAGUUGUUGGCCAGUCUGGAUGCUCAGGAGCAGGUGGAGAGGAUUCAGGAGGGAACCGUCCCAGACAGCGGCUACGGGAGGCUCAGUGCGACCUCCACUCAGUCUUCGAGAAGCUACUCUAUCAGGAGCUUUGUCUCAACCGAUUCAUCCAGAAAUGAAGCUUCUGCCGGCUCUUACAGAAGUGGUUCAGCCCAGAGUACCAGAGGUGGUCCGGUCCGAGGUCCGAGCCCCGGCAGUGAACAAGGGGAUCCCGACCUCUCAAUCCAACGGCAGGUCUCCGAUCGUCGUAACAUGCCAUUGGAUGACUUUCCCGAUGAAGACUUUGACAAUCUUCCUCUGGAUGAGUUGGACAGUGCCAUCUUUCAACUAGGCAACAAUGUUGCCACGCAAUCUGUCAGCAGUCACAGAAUCACACCACAGAGCAGCGACAGAAUAACAGGGAACCCUAACAGGGUAACAGAAGCCAACACUGCUCAGUUUGAGCAACGCUCUUUGAGUGACUCUGGGUCUCGGCUUGGUCCUGGCAACUCCGGAUCCACCACACAAAAACGAGAUGGCUGUAUUAAAGCAGCCGCAGAGCCGGCGUUUUCCCCUGCACCGGCGUUGCAGCCAUCACAUGGGUUGGGCGUUGCUGCUAUUGACGAGAGUGACUUCAUGGAUGACGAAAUGGACCGCUUUCUCGCAGAGGUCGAGACCGGGUGGGCCGGUGAUUCGAAUCAGUUUUCUGUUCCACAAGGGCCAAGCACAGACCGAGAUAGCUUUUCCCCCCAAACAGACACUCCAGGUUCCAGUCACACGCUUACCGGCGACUCAUCAAGAAGUGCAACGGGAAGGUUUCAAUUUGAGAGCUCGCGCAACGCUCCUCAGGGGCAGAAUUCCGAUCCAGACGGUGCGGAAUCUGCUCAGACAGGCCGGGAGAGUGACAGCUCGGCCCCGGCUCUCACUCUGACAUCUCCACCUUUUACGUAUUUGUGCCUGCUCGAGGAGAUGGCGUCCAAACCACGACCUCACACCCCGGAGAUCCGAGUCAAAGCUUUCAUUGUGACCCUGGUGGGGAAACUGAGCAGCAACAAUGGCCGCUGGCGCAUCGGCGCCACGAUAUCCGACGGAACGGGCUACCUGGACGUGGAGCUGUCCGACGGGGUCUUGACGGGCCUGCUCGGCUUCUCGGUGGCGGAAAAGGUGUCUCUGAAGCGCGACCCAGCCCGGAGAGGUGAGCUGGACGGCGGGAUGAGGAGGUGUCAGGAAGGGCUGGUGGACAUGUGCUGUGUUAUGACCAUCGCGUUUGAACCAGACGGCGGAAAAGCUGUGGUGACCCAGACGGACCCCGUCGACGAGAAAAUGUUCCAGGAGCUCGAGCAGAGGCUGAAAGAUGACAGGAAAUAGCCACAGGAGCCGUUGAGGGGAAGUGGGCGAUAAUGAGAAAAUUACAGGCAGGAGAAGUAAGUUGCCUUUAAGCAGAGAUGGAAAAUUACAACUAUAAGCAUUGCCUUUUCUCUUUUCUUUUUUUUUGAAUUUGGCGAUCAAUCUGCCCUUCUGCUUUAGAUUUGGAGGGAAGAAUGUGUAAACUGGAUGUCUAAUGAUCAGCAGGCAGUGUGUUGCAAUGCAUCCCAUCUGCUAUAUGUGAAUUUGACAUUCUGUCAUUUGUCAUUAGAGGAUUUCAUUCAUCAUUUCAUUCAUAUUCAUAUUCAUAGAGCUAUUUUCUGCUUGAUAUGCACAGCAUCCCUCUAGCAAAGUAAACAGAUUUCUAAUAUCUACACUUUCAUUCAUCGACAUAGGGGUUCAAACUUUUUAAUGUUCCACUGUUACACAUUAAAAACAAUGUGAAGAGUGGCGCAUGAGAGACGGAACCGGGUAGAAAAUAAUUCGUACAGUGAUUGUUGUAAUGAAUUGCCGGCCUUUGCAUUCAUUUGGUACAUCCAUUACUUCUGACUGAAAAAUGAUUUAACAUCCAAGGGCAGCUCGGGUCUUUAAUAAACUGCCCCAGAGGAGAUGAGAGGAAAGGGGAAUAAAGCAGAAACCAUGAUUUCUGAUUAUUUUUCUUCAUUAUAGAUCCUCAUCUGUUUUGGUUUUUAAUGAAUAAACCCUAAAUAGGAUGCCUUGCCUGUAUUUACUAUGUUUGGAAAUAAAAGUGUUCUGAUGGUUUUACAUUUUUCUCCUACAUUAUAACUAAUAAAACAUGCUUGAAAUAACAGA